AUCGAGGAAAGUUUCUGCUCGCUCGCUUCGUUUUGUGCUUCGGUGAUCUGCAGCUCGAGAGGCUCCGUUACGAUUACAACAUUACCAUCGGCAACGAUUUCAGAAUGGGCACAGGUGCGGUGGCUAUGCGAUAUCUGCGCUGCAUUAUUGUGACGUAGCCCUCGGACACAUAUGUGAUAUGAUUGCCACGCAACUCGCCGCAGUCUGUGUAUCAUGAAGCAGCCAGCGCCGCCGCCUGAGCGAAAGAAGAUGGCGAAUGCACUCAAGUACACGUCGCUAGUUUUCAUCGUAGUCCAAACCACCGCCAUGGUGCUACUGCUGCGGUAUUCACGCACGCAAGCGGUCCAAGGUCCGCGUUACCUGUCCAGCACAGCUGUUGUGUGUGCCGAGUUUCUCAAAAUCCUCACCUGUAUAGCAGUUCUGCUAUGGGAAAACGGUUUUUCUGUCCCAGCGCUGGUGCUGCAGCUUCGCAAUGAAGUGUGGAGGCAGCCAAAAGAAACGUGUAAGAUGCUGGUGCCUGCGGGGCUCUACACAGUCCAGAACAACCUGCUGUUCUUUGCACUGUCACUCCUGGACGCUGCCACCUACCAGGUCACUUACCAGCUGAAGAUAUUGACUACUGCCAUGUUUAGUGUGUGGAUGUUAAAACGUAGAAUAUCAAAGCAGCAGUGGUUCUCGCUUGUACUUCUCAUCAUUGGAGUCGCGCUUGUUCAGAUGCCAACAGGAGAAGAGGCACCGGAGGCAAUGGCCAAGCAGGGUUCUUACCAGUUCCUGGGCCUCAUAGCUGUGCUGAUUUCAUGCCUGUCAAGUGGCUUCAGUGGUAUCUACCUAGAAAAGCUCCUCAAGGAGAUCACAUGGUCACUGUGGAUACGAAAUAUCCAACUUGCAAUCUUUGGGUGCCUCUUGGGAAUUGUGGCCAUGUUGAUGUCUGACUGGAACCAGCUGUGUGUGAACGGCUUCUUCCAAGGCUACAAUGUCAUAACAUGGAUAGUCAUCUUACUACAGACGUUUGGUGGAUUGGUCGUCUCGCUGGCCGUGCGCUACGCCGACAGCAUUCUCAAGGGUUUUGCAACGUCCAUCUCCAUUGUGCUGUCCACAUUCUGCUCCUACUACUUGCUGGGUGACCUGCUGCCCACUCGAAAUUUUUUCCUUGGUGCUGGGAUCGUCAUCUCUGCAACAUCACUCUAUGGCAUACCACUGUUCAAGUAGUAUGACUUGCCUACUUGGUAUGGUAGCCUGGUUCCAGACGUGGUGCAGGAAGAGCCCUUUUGCUCACCUGUGGAGGGCGGCACGGCUUUCUUUCAGGCCAAAAUUAUGAAAGGACAUUUGUUGCCUGCCUUGCCCAUCGUCAACUCACCGAGGUGGAAUGUAGUAUUUAUUAUGUGAAAAUUUUGCUGCCUUUCUGCAGUCAAAAGAAGAUGUGAUGCCCAACCCUUCGUAAAUGGACUUUUAAUGUUUCUUCUUCUUUUAGGUAUAUGUGUAUCGUGCUGUCUGUCUGAAAAACUUUAUUGAAAGUACAUGGAGGAAGCUUGAGGUGGCCCGGAGGGGGCCACCUCUCCCACUCACUAGGUGGGCUCAUCAUUACAGGAGCCCAUUGGCGGCCGCCGCGGCUUGCGCUAGGUCGACCAGGGCCUUCUGAGUCGCUAGGUCGGAGCAGCCGAGCAGGGCUGCCUCCUAGUCCUCCCGGGUGGGGUUUGGUUUUCGGGUGAGGUUUGGGGUUGAUUGGCAUGCCCACACCAUGUGGAAGAGGUCCGAAAACUUCUCCGCACAGUGUGAGCCUUUUCCUGUACAGGCAGGAUCAAAGUGUUUUAAAACUGUCGGGCACAGCAGUGUUUUGGUGUAAAGGCGGAGGAGUGUAUGUUCCUCUGCCUUUGUAAGGCCCUUACAGGGCUUAGGAUAAAUUGCGUGGGUGAAUUGGUAUAGUUGAGUAAAUAGUUUGGAAUGCAAGGGGGCUUGGCACAUGUUCUUUUACAAACCUCUCGUGUUGUGCAAUCCUCAUAGUGCUGACCAUGAAUAUGGCUGAAAAAGACGUAAAAUGGCCUAGUUGGUCUUGAAUGAUGGGCUGUUUUGGAUGCAAUUUAGACUAACACCACAAAUAAAGAUUGAAAUAACACGUGGUACUACCAAGUUUAUUUUGCUGCCAUCAAACUUGUGUGCACAAAUGUGGACACACGCGACAGAAAGAAGGAAAGAACCAAAAUAAGAUACACUCAGGAACAAAGAAGCAAAGGCCAAAAUCUUAGCACUUUCAAGACAACCAAGUUCUUUUGCAUACCGUUUAACAGAAGGCUUGCUGAUAUAGACAGCUAUUGUAUUCGAUGUGGAAUGUCGCUUCUUGCCACAAUUUGGUUAUUAUGCUUUGCCAUUAUGUUGUGAAAUGUACACAUUCACCUACUCCUGCUGCUAAUCCACUAAUUAUGUAUGGUUCUUGUUGCUUUAGUGCAUGUGUGUGACGGCAGCAAUAAAGAAAACUGUUGGUGCAAAACAAGAAGUAACGAGACACGCUUGGCACUAAUGUUAAUGCCAAGUGUGUCCUCUUUGCUUCUUUUGUCCUUAUCUACAUUGCGCUAUUUCUGCUGUUUGUAAUAGAUCACCAGCAAGCUCAAAAUGUCAUUUUAGUGGCAGUAUUACUUGUGUACUUCUAAUUUUUUUUCUUUUUUUGCUGAGUUUAUUAGAUUACACUCAAUGCUUGUUGUUCAAGAUGACGGUAGAAAUUCUGUUCAAAUGUAGCCAAUCUGUAGUGUGAAAGUGUUUUAUGAGUUGCUGAGCUGUACCUAAAUGGUCCUAGUCUCUUCAGCGAGUGUUAGGUUGCAUCCCUUGUGUCAGUGCAUUUUUUUUUCUUUGUGAACG